AUGGCGGAUUCAAGCUCUUCUCUCCCUCCUCUUUGCGAAAGGAUCUCACACAAAAGCUAUGUUUUAAGAGCUGUGGAUCUCAUGAUUCUCGGCCUUCUCUUUUCUCUUCUCUUGCACCGAAUCCAACAUAUGAGCCAAAAAGACAACGUUUGGCUCGUGGCUUUGUUCUGUGAAUCUUGUUUAACAUUCGCAUGGCUCAUUAUGACCUGCAUAAAAUGGAGUCCAGCUGAAGAUAAACCCUAUCCAAAGAGACUUGAUGAAAGGGUUCAUGACCUUCCUUUAGUAGAUAUGUUCGUGCCUACGGCAGAUCCGGUUAGGGAGCCGCCGAUUAUGGUUGCGAACACAGUGCUUUCAUUGUUAGCUGUGAACUAUCCGGCGAAUAAAUUAGCGUGUUAUGUGUCGGACGAUGGAUGCUCACCUCUCACUUACUUCUCUCUCAAGGAAGCUUCUAAGUUCGCCAAGAUUUGGGUUCCCUUCUGCAAGAAAUACAACGUAAAAGUUAGAGCACCUUUUAGAUAUUUCUUGAACCCUUUGGUUGCAGCAGACGAUUCAGAAUUCAGUAAAGACUGGGAAAUGAUGAAGAGGGAAUACGAGAGAUUAAGCCGGAAAGUUGAAGAUGCCAGCAGAGAUUCCCAUUGGUUGGAUGCAGACAAGGAUUUUGAAGCUUUCUCAAACACAAAACCAAGUGAUCAUUCAACUAUACUUAAGGUGGUAUGGGAAAACAAGGGAGGUGUGGGAGAGGAGAAAGAAGUCCCUCAUCUUGUAUAUAUUUCAAGAGAGAAAAGACCAAACUACCUUCAUCAUUACAAAUCUGGAGCCAUGAACUUUCUGUUAAGAGUGUCAGGGUUGAUGACAAAUGCACCGUACAUGUUGCACGUAGACUGCGACAUGUAUGCCAAUGAGGCAGAUGUGUUUUUGGGACGUGGAGUUGCGGGAAUCCAAGGACCGCUAUAUUGUGGCUCAGGAUGCUUCCACACUCGAAGAGUUAUGUACGGUGUAUCUCCGGACGAUUUAGAAGACGAUGGAAGUCUUACUCCGGUUGCUACAAGGGAGUUUUUGGAUGAAGAUAAAUUAGCAACGAAAUUUGGGAGUUCUAAAGAGAUGGUGAUAUCGAUGGUUGAGGCAUUAAAAAGAAAAUCAAAUCCUCAAAAUUCCCUUACAAACAUCAUAGAAGCGGCUCAAGAAGUAGGGCAUUGUCACUACGAGUACCAAACCAGUUGGGGGAAAACCCUCGGUUGUUUAUACGAUUCAGUGGCGGAAGAUAUGAACACAAGUAGUGGAAUCCAUUUGAGAGGAUGGACUAGCUCAUACAUUUCUCCGGAGCCACCUGCGUUUCUUGGAUCCACGCCGUCGUUAGGAGUGGAGGCGAUAGUCCAACAGCGACGAUGGGGGACGGGAGCAAUCGAAGUCCUUUUUAACAAACAAAGUCCGUUGAUCGGAAUAUUUCGUCGGAAAAUAAGAUUUCGACAGCGAUUAGCUUAUCUUUGGGUUCUCAUGUGUCUAAGAUCAAUCCCUGAGCUUCUUUACUGUCUCUUGCCUGCUUAUUGCCUACUCCACAACUAUACCUUGUAUCCCAAGGGACCUUGUCUAGGCAUAACAAUCACACUUGUGGUGAUGCACUGUCUCUACACUCUAUGGCAAUAUCUAAGCCUUGGUUUCUCUGUAAAAUCAUGGUAUGUCUCCCAAUCUCUUUGGAGAAUAAUAGCCACUUGUGGUUGGUUAUUUAGCGUCCAAGAUAUCAUACUCAAACUUCUUGGCAUCUCGAAAAUCGGUUUCGUGAUUGCUAAAAAGACUAUCUCCAAGACCAGGCCAUCUAAACCAUCUCAGGGAGAAGAUGAUGAGUCAAACUCAUCAGACUUAGGUAAAUUUGAGUUUGAUAGCUCAUGUCAUUUCAUUCCCGGCACAUUCAUUAUGUUGGUGAACCUAGCUGCUCUAGCUGUUUUCUCGGUGCGUCUACAAUGGUCGAGCGAUUGUAGUUCAGGAGGAGGUGGUUCGGGCUUGGCAGAGGCUUGUGGAUGUAUUUUGGUGGUUUUGUUGUUCUUUCCAUUUCUAAAGGGUUUGUUUGAGAAGGGAAAAUAUGGCAUCCCAUUGCCUACUCUCUCUAAAGCUGCCUUCUUAACAGUUUUAUUUGUUGCUUUCUCUGAGGAAAAUUAG